GUGGCUCCACUACUCACAAAUAUGGCAAAAACCCCCGUGUCCUGUUACACUCCAUUGUCUACAUCCUUCACUUCUGUUGUGUCAUACCAUACAGGCUGGAACAUUUUAACUGAAGAGAAGAGCAGAAAUAUUGAGAAGUCCUUGAAAGAAGGAAAGCUGUUGGAAGUGGUCUGCGUGUUCAGGAGGACUGUAGAGACAGUGUCCAGAACCCAAGUAAACAUUGCUGUGACUGGGGAGUCAGGCAAUGGUAUGUCAUCCUUCAUCAAUGCAUUGCGAGUCCUGGGACAUGAGGAGAAGGCCUCAGCUCCCAUUGGGGUGGUGACAACCACCCAGACAAGAGGAAGCUAUUCUUCUUUCCACUUUCCCAAUGUGGUGCUGUGGGACCUGCCUGGCUUGGGGACUACUGCUCAAAGUCUGGAGAGCUAUCUGAAUGAGAUGCAGUUCAGCCAAUAUGACCUCUUUAUCAUCAUUGCAUCUGAGCAGUUCAGCAUGAAUCAUGUAAAGCUUGCCAAAGCCAUUGAGGGGAUGGGAAAGAGGUUCUAUGUUGUCUGGACUAAGCUGGACAGGGAUUUCAGCACAAGUGCUCUCUCAAAUGAAAAGAUGUUGCAGAAUAUACAAGAGAAUAUCAAGGAAAAUCUUCAUAAGGAGGGUGUGUGGGAACCCCCCAUAUUCCUUGUAUCUAACCUUGACCCUUUAUUGCAUGACUUCCCAAAGCUUAGGAAUACAUUGAAAAUAGACCUCUCUAACAUCAGGUGCCAUGGUCCCUUAGUCAUGCUUUCCCACAUUUGUGAGAAGAUCAUUAAUGAUAAAGUGAACUCCUUGAAGGGGAGAUUAUCCACAGAGCAUGUGGAAGAUAUUCUUGGCAUCAGGGAUGCUGAUGACUUGGGGAAGUGUCUGGAAGCCUACCGAUUGCUCUUUGGUGUGGAUGAUGCAUCACUUCAGCAGGUGGCUCAUAGUAUGGGGACAUGGGCUUUUGAGUACAUGACCAUCAUGAAGUCCCAGGAUUUGCACACUCUCUGUGGAGGUGACUGGAAAAUGAAAUUCAUGACUUGCUUAAUCAUGAGGGCAUUCCUAACACUUUUUAGAUAUAUACCAUUCUUAGGUAAUCCUGUCAUCCACCACUUCAGAUUCAUGAAACAUAGGCGCAUCCUUGAGUUAGUUGCUCAGGACACCAAGAACAUCCUGAUGAAGAUUCUGAAAGAAUGUAUGCUCUCCACCUAAUAUCAAUUUUGGGAAUAGUCUAGCUGGCUCAUUCUUAGGUAGAAUUAGCUUGCUUCAGGAUACCAAGAGAAUCUUUGAAAGGAGUUAAGAAAAUCACUUAUCUUCCUUUCUCUAAUCCUAAUAUAUUCUUCUUUUGAGGAACAAGUAUUGUUGAAAUCAUUAAUGAAG